AUGCCUGGUGAUAAUGACAUUGUAUUAGUAGAUUCAAGUUCAGAUAAUGAAGAAGAAAGAGAAGAAGAUGAUGAUGAUGAAUCACAACAUAGAGAAAUCAAGAAAUUUAAACCUAAUCCUAAUCCAUCUCAAACAAGAGAUAUGAAUGAAUCUCACGUGAUAAAUAAGAGCAAUUUUUCAACUGUACCAUUUAAUGCAGUCUCAUCAUCAUCAUCAUCUGAUAAUGACCAGGACAACGACGAAGAGGAAGAGGAAGAGGAAGAGGAAGAGGAAGAGGAAGAGGAAGAGGAAGAGGAAGAGGAAGAGGAAGAGGAAGAGGAAGAGGAAGAGGAAGAGGAAGAAUCAGAAAUAAAUGGGAAUCAAAUACUGCUUAGCAUUGAUGAUGAGUAUGAUUCAGAAGGAUUAACUAAAGAAUCAUCAAGAACUCCAAUUGGUAGUAAUACAUCUGAUAUAAUAAUCAAUGGAGUAACGAUAAUAACAAAUAAUAAUGAUAGUUCUUUAGUUGCAUCAUCAUCUGACGAUGAUGACGAUGAUGACGAUGAUGACGAUAAGGAUGACGACAACGACGAUGAUGCUAGUGAUUUGGAAUCGGAUUUUGCUUUUGAAGAAAUACCACCUUCAUUAAUUAUGGAAACCAGAAAAUAUCUUAAACAAAAUGGUACGAUGAAAUUUCUUGAAAAAUAUUUACCUACAGCAGCAUCAAUUGAAAAUAUCAUUAAAUUAAUAUUACAAUUAGGUUUUGUCCCCAAACGGAAACUAAAUAAUGGUUUGGAUGAAAAUGAUAUUAUGGAAUAUAUCAAAAUAUUAAAUCAUGCGAUAAUAAAAGUGAAAUCAAUACGAGAAAGAAGAGAAGAUAUAACCACCAUUAAUGAUGCCCUUAAAUUAAUUGAAAAUUCAAAAAAUAUUAUGGUUAUAACUGGAGCUGGAAUUUCAACUAGUUUAGGAAUCCCUGAUUUCCGAUCAUCUCAAGGAUUUUAUUCAAUGAUUCAACAUUUAGGACUUUCGGAUCCACAAGAAGUUUUCGAUUUAGAUUUAUUCUUGAAUGAUCCUAAUAUAUUUUAUUCAAUUGCUCAUAUGAUAUUACCACCAAAUCACAUUUAUAGUCCUUUACAUUCAUUUAUUAAAUUAUUACAAGAUAAAAAUAAAUUAUUAAGAAAUUAUACUCAAAAUAUUGAUAAUUUAGAAAGUUAUGCUGGAAUACAUAAAGAAAAUUUGAUUCAAUGUCAUGGAUCAUUUGCUACUGCUAGUUGUAUAACUUGUGGUUAUAAAGUUGAUGGAGAAAUUAUAUUUCCAGAAAUUAAAAAUAAGGAAAUUCCUUAUUGUCCUAAAUGUAAUGAAGUUAAACAAUCAAUACUAAAAAAGGGAAAAAAAACUAAAUCUAAAUCCAAAAAGAAAAAGAAAAAGAAAAACAAACCCUAUGAUGACGAUGACGAGGAAGAGGAAGAGGGAGAAACUUAUUUUCAUGAAAGUUUUGGAGUCAUGAAACCAGAUAUAACAUUUUUCGGAGAACAAUUACCAGAAAAUUUCAAAAUUGCUAUAAAUCAAGACAUUAAUAAAGUUGAUUUAGUUCUAGUUAUAGGUACAUCAUUAAAAGUUGCCCCCGUUGCUGAUAUAGUAGGGAAAAUACCUGAACAUAUCCCACAAAUUUUAUUAAAUAAAGAUCCUAUAAAUCAUUGUCAAUUUGAUGUUAGUUUAUUGGGUUAUUGUGAUGAUGUUGCUAGUUAUAUUGCUAAUGAAUUAGGUGAAUCUUGGGAUUUACCUCAUCCUGAUUAUAAUAAAAUCCGUGGAGAAAAAAACGGAGAAAAUUUACUGGUUCAAUUACUUGAUUCAACUUUAAGAGAAUAUCUAAUAAGUAAUAAAAAGAAUGAUUUGAGUAGUGAACAAGAACAAAAUAAAAUGGGAGAAGAAAACAGGAAAGUGGAAGAAAGUGGAAGACGACCAAACGAAAGUGGAGGUAAAAGUGGAUGA